CAUUUCAGCCUGUUGGUGGCCCGAAUCGAAUAUAUCUUCAGAUUUUCCUUAUCGUAACGCAAAUAACAACGAGCUGGGUUACGCUGGGUAUUCCCUUUGGAAUUCACAGUAUCAUGUGGACCCGGGGUAAGGGCGAUAAAAAAUUAUAACAAGAUUUCUCAACGACGUGCGAAGAAUGAGUAAUAUCAAUGGUGAUAUCAUAGUACUUCAUUGUUUGCAUCAUUAAUUCAGUGAUUAUUGCCAUCUUCAAUUUAUUUCUUAGUUUGUUUUAUAAGAACGAUGUUAUUACGUUGUGCGGCGUUGUUUUUGUUUCUAAAUGUUGUGAGGACAUCUGAGGUGCCUGGUGUGAGUAAGGAUUUUGUGAGUGAUGUUAACGCGCGAUACUCGUUGUGGCCGUCGUUUCAUCAUGGAAUUAGAUUGAUGACCAUACAUAAGCGCGAGGUGGAGGCGCAAACGACACCGAAGCCUGAAGUACCCGCUGGCCAAGCUGUGGCACAGGUUAAUUCAGAUAUUGGAAUCCAGGGCCCUAGUGAAGGGCAAUCUGCCGCCCAGAGCAAAGCUAAGAUUGCCGUGAUUCCUGGUCUGCCCCCUCAGUCUACUGAUAAGCCUCAGUCUCCUGAUAUUGUCUCUGAAUCAUCUCUGUUGGUGAAACCUUCUGUGUCUCCAAGUAAUGUAACCAAAAAUGAUAAGGAUGGAAAAAAAGAAGAAACAGUGCACAAACCUGAUAAGGCAAACACAACAAGUGAUAAUUCAACCAGUAUAGGUGAUGAUAAAACAAGAGUACAUAACACAACAGCUACGGAACCACCUAAAAUCAACCUAAGUGAUCCUGGAGUCAUCAAAAGGGCUGCUAUAGUGUUUGGUGGAUUUGCUCUGCUGGCUACGGCUUACUACUUCAUAAUAUACAGGAAAAAAGCCAACACCAGUGACGCUAAAAAUACACACAGCUCAAUUGAUCCAAAUCAAUUCCGCUAUGGUGUUCUACAAUCGGAAGACAACAGAAGUAAUAUGGAGUUAUCCAGGGUGCCGCUGACAAUGGAAUCAGAUGAGGAUGACGAUGAAGAUUUGGAAAUAUUUGACCUAGGGCAGAAGAAAAAGUCACUAUCAUAUAUCAACUUAGAACAACAUGAUGAAGAUAUUGUCUUAAAUGACUCGAGAAGUAUAGAUAUGGAGAAUAUCCUUGUGGACAUUGAUGACACGAAUACGGACACUCUGAUUAACUGGUCAGGCAAUGGUAGUAAGUCAGUAUUAUAAUAAGUGUCUAGAUACCAUGCUCUGAAACAUUUAUUUUAUUUUUUUAUUGAUUUAUUCAUAUAAAAUAUGUGUAAAAUACUUAGAAAAGAUUACUGAGAAUUAAAUUCUUAAUAGGGACAAACGCAAAUUUUAUAUGAAUCAACAUGAAAAUUGUUGCAUUUAAGAGGAUCUUAUUGAUAAAUUGUUUACGAUUGUAAUUACACAGGAUGUAACUGUACGUCUAAUUUGUAAUUUGAAUAUGUUUAAGAGCCUAACUGCUGAGCAGAGGCCUCUUGUUAAGGGAAUAACAACCUUAUAAUUUGUAAUAUAGGGUAUACUGUUGAAUGAUUGUGUAGAUAACGUUCAGUCUGCUACUUAUUACAUCAAGGCCAUGGCUUUGAAAUCUAAUGAGACUCAAUAAGUGGCUUGCUUGCCGUAGCAGCAAAUUAUUUGGUGGCAUCAGUACAAUAGUUUCAAGACUGUUCGUAUUUAGUCAUACUUGAUAACAACGCGUGUAAUUAGCCGGAUUGUGUCGUCGUAUUCAUGACCUUGUAUUCGCUUUGAGGAUAUUAUGUCUGUGUUUACUUCGUUUCGCGUGAAAUGAAGCAAACUUGGCGCCGUUUUUCAUAAAACUCGUUGCUAAGGAAGCAUUCCGCACUACCCGUAUUUAGUAAGAUCAGUAUGCCUCCUCGGAAUGAGAGAUAUAAAGCUGGAAACUCGUAUACACCUUCGUUAUGAUGUAUUAAAUAAUUUAGGUACGAUCAUAACGAAGGUGUAUACGAGUUUCCAGCGUUAUAUCUCUCAUUCCGAGGUUGACCCCCUUUUUAGGCUUAAGAUGACUGGCCUAUAGCAAGAUAUGCUAAAUAACACAUAUUUUCGAUCAAAAGCGUAUUAAAAACAUGAGGUGGCAUAAAUAUCGUUUCUCCUUUUUUACAAAUGAACUUACUAGGGACAGUGGUGGGUUAUUGCAUUUAUAUAUUCACUAUUUGCAUAUUCUAGUAAUGAACACAAAAGUGAAAAUACUGUUGUUUUAGUGGAUUAUUAUUAAUAAUAGAUAAGAUGGUGUUAAAAAGCUGGACCGACUCUGCAAGUUUAUCUAAUACCAACUUGAAAGCAUCAUUUGGCCCUUAGGGGUAUAUUCCAACGGUCCAAUGCGUAUUUUGUCUCACAUUUUGCUUAAUGAGAGAGUGAGAUGCAAUGACAUUGGACCAAGAUAUUGGACAGACGGAAUACCACCCUUAAAGGCCUGAUUUAGACGAUGUGUGAACUCGCAUGCGAUAUUAGUCACAUUGCGGACUGUUGGUUACGUCCAAUUCAACCGACCGAUCAAAACCGCAAUGUAAUGACUAAUGAAACUCUGAUGCGAGUUCUCGCAUCGUCUAAAUGAGCCCUUAGGCAUGUCUGUCAAUGCUUCGGUGCACCAGAACCAAAUGUUAAGGUUGUGUUCAAAAAUUUCUAAAUAAUGUUAAUUUAUUGGCGUGGAAAGAACCUGAGACAUGUUGAUAAGUUAUUGUGGAUCUCAGCUCGUUGGUUUUUUUAUGUUACAUUUUAAUAUAAGAUUAUCUAUUCAUUUUUUUUAAAGUUCAAUCUAGACAGCUUCUGAUAGGAAAUAAUAAUGAUACUGUUUAACCUCAGUCACACAAUGCUUGAUGCAAUUUUGCACCCGAUAAAAACUAAGCGAUGAAAGAUCAUUCGUCUAUUUGCCUCCCUGUCGUUCAAGACAAACAGACGAACAUACGAUAUGUUGAUCUGGUGACAUAUCUACCUUACGAUAUCUGGUGACAUAGCUCCCUCCGAUUUUCGUUACAUAAACUGAACCUAUAAGUUUAUUUCGUUUAAAAGUGAUAAACAUUAGUUAGAUUAUCGGGACUAAGUAGGGAUACUUGUUUGCACUUGUUUGAAGUUCCUACAGUUGAAUGUGAUUAUUUCAAUAACUAUAAACUAUGUAACAAAGUUAUUAACGCAUUUAACCUGUUUACUUUUUUAUAGAUUGGCUACUUGUUGAUUGACUCUUGGAAAGCUCAUGAUUUUUAAAACAAAUAAUUUUAGACUCUAGGUAUAUCUACCUACUCAAAUCCCUUUAUAGUUUGCACCGCGGUUCUAAAGUAAGACAAAUGCACAUUCUAUUACUUACCUACUUUUACAUACCUACUUAACAUUCAAUAAAAAAUAUUUUUAAUCUAAAUGUGACGUUCUCAGUCACAAGUUACCACAUCGUCGCUUGCCAUAAGGACGCUCUGAGAGGUUAUUGGUAUAAAGAUACAAGCACAUUUUGUCUUUAUGGUGAGCUAGCUACAAAGUGGUACCUUUUGAUUGAGAACGUCACAAAUGAUUUUUAUGGUGUAAUGGAUAUGCCUAUAAUUAAAUAAGGCCUAAGUUAUCUUGGGUAAACUACCUAAUGGUUGGCCUUCAUAGGACUAUCCUCUAUUUUUGUUAGAAAGCCUGCCGGCGUAUUAUGGAUGGCUUUAUCCAGCUUUAUCCAGUAGUAAAAUAACUGUCACUUUUUAACACCAUGGGAUAGAAAGUGACGGACAACGUUUUAUCACACUGUCACAUAGACAAGAACGACCAUCAUAUCCAUACUGGACUGCUGCCUUGAAAUAAGGUUAAAGGUUAAACAUUAGUUUAAUUUACCGUAAUUAAUGUAAGAUUAUUGUUGAAGGCCUUUCAUUAGUUAAGUUACACAGGUAGUACAACAAUUUUAAUUUAGAGCAAAAUGAAACAUGCCAUUUUAAAUGCAGUUACUAAUUCUAUAAGUACGUCAGGUACGUACCUAACUACCUACUUACAUAUAUAAGAUGAAACUGUAAAGGCUAAUUUGCUGUGUUCCCUAUGUUUGCAUAUUAUUGAUUAAAUACCAUUGCUUGUGCACCGAAUAAGUGCAUGUGUACCUACUUUUAUAUGAAUACCAAAUUAUAAUUAUUUUGUAAUUUUUUUUAGAUAUUGCCUCGUUUGGUUAUUAUUUCUAAAUGUUUAAAAGUGCCAUGUGUCAAUAUAUUUAAAAAAAAACGCAAUUGAUUGUGAAACACACGCCCGUUACUCUCAGAUUAGGUACUCUUUAUAAUCCUCGAUACGUCAUACGAGUUGUUCUGUUGUGCAUUACUUGUGUACAAGCGACAUUAAUAAAGUUGAACUAGUUAUUAGCCUUUUGGACGCCAGUGACCGAUAUAUCAGCACCGCAUGUCCAACGUCCAACGCCACAGACGAAUUAUCGGUCACAGAACACAGAGCAACAUAGACCUACGUUCAUAUGCAUAAAGUUGAAAUUCAGUUUUGACACUUCGGUGACGUGGCGUCCGAGUGACAUCUUUUGUGUUUGACACGGCAUUGAAAAGGUUAAAAAAGUGCCAAAAUAUAAAAAAAAAAAAUUUAUAAGCACUACAAUAUCACUUAUUCGGGCAUGACACACGCAUGGCAAAAAAUAAAUAUUUUAGUUUUGGCACUUUCUUCUAUAGAAUGGUUUAAGUCUGCCACCUGGCCCCCCCGAGCUGGUCUCUCGGAUUCCUCCUAUGGUUACAAUGUUAUAAGAUGUCCGGAUUGUAGAAGAAACUCUUACUUACAUAAGUAACAAUAAAGACAACUAUUAAUUGAAUAAUCAAUCAAUAUGUACUUUGUAGUUGUUAUUAUGAGCAUAGCAUACGUAUCGUAAAUUUAAUAGCAUUUUUGGUGCAGCGGGGUGGUGUUAACGGAAUUGGUAUAGAUAAUUCCAACUGAAAUGGUACGGUCAGCCAAGAAAGUAGUUUACCACUUUUCGACUCUAUCAAUCAGAUGAUAGAGUCGAAAACUGGUAGACCACUUUCCUGGCUGACUGUACAUUAAGGUUAAGUUAACGUAAUUAACGCUAAUUUAUCAUUAGAUUUAUCAUUAGGGUUGAAAUUGUUUAUAGGUACCAAUUCCUUUAACCCGGACCCGGGUAUGUCCUUAAACUACGUCCAAGACCACCGGUGGACGGGCAGCAGCGUCCCUCAAAUUCGGUGUACUCGACUGCGAUCGCCAACCCGCCUGCCAAGCGUGGCGAUUAUGGCAUACACCCCCCAUCAUGCAGAAUGGAGGUCCAAGGGGGAGGCCUAUGUUCAGCAGUGGACGUCGUAUGGCUGAAAUCAUGAAUUCCUUUAACACCACUCCGCUGCACCGAAAAUGUUACAAAUUUUACGAUAUUGAUUAUUAGGUACUUUGUACUUAAUACAUACUUAAAAGGUUAACCGUACCGCACUUACAUGAUUCUCAGUUCUCUAGAUCUAAAUGGACCCAUCACUUCUAAGCUUUGGACUGUGAUAGUAGACAAGAGAGUAUUUAUACUAAUGAUAAAUGUAUAUUUUUUGGAAUAUCGGUGUUUGUUUUCAAGUGAUAUCGGAAAGUAUUGGCUCUCUGUCUCACUAAAAACUUAUUUAAUGUGCGCUUUGUUAAGUGUAAACCUUGUUUCUCUAAUAAAAGUUAUAUUAAAAAGGUAA